ACUCAAACAAAACCAUUUUUACGUCUUUCACUCCUCAUUUCUCUCUUUCUCUCUCCUCCGAGAAAUCAAAAAUAUCUGCGAUCUCGUCGGGAAAUUGUCGGAAAAUCUCUCAUCAAUGGCUGCCACCGACAAAUACAACCUCAAGAAUCCGGCAGUCAAGCGGAUCCUUCAGGAAGUUAAGGAGAUGCAAUCCAAUCCUUCUGACGAUUUCAUGAGUCUUCCUCUCGAGGAGAAUAUUUUUGAAUGGCAAUUUGCGAUUAGAGGACCUGGUGAAACUGAAUUUGAGGGUGGUAUCUAUCAUGGAAGGAUUCAGCUGCCUGCAGACUAUCCAUUUAAGCCUCCUUCUUUCAUGCUUUUGACGCCCAAUGGUCGUUUUGAGACCCAGACAAAAAUAUGUUUGAGCAUAUCAAACCAUCACCCGGAGCACUGGCAACCAUCUUGGAGUGUCCGUACCGCAUUGGUGGCACUCAUUGCUUUCAUGCCAACACCCCCUAAUGGUGCUUUAGGAUCUUUGGACUACAAGAAGGAAGAAAGGCGUGAACUAGCUAUUAGAUCUCGUGAAGGUUCACCAAAAUUUGGAACUCCUGAUCGUCAAAAAGUGAUUGAUGAGAUACAUGCAUACAUGCUUAGCAAGGCUCCACCUGUUCCUGAAAUCCUAAAGCAGGCUCCUGAUGAGCAGUCAGCUGAAAGGGAAGCUGAAGCUGAGGGAAGUGAGAAUGCUGGACGAUCAGCUACUGCUGUAGAAUCUUCAAAUGCAGAAGGUGAGAUUAUAAAUGAGGAACCUCAAGCAGCUGUCGCAAAUGCUAAUCGUGUGGAUCAUAGGGAAGCUAAUCCCGGAUUAGUUAGAGCUGGAAUUUUGAACCAGCAGCUUGAACAUAGGCCCGCACCGAGGAUACAGAGAUCCAAUGAUGACCGCUUGCUCACAUGGGCAGCUGUGGGAUUGACUGUUGCUAUUGUCUUUCUUUUACUGAAGAAGCUUGUCAAGUCCGGUGGUUAUGGCGCUAUCUUUUUGAGUGAAUCGUAGCUAUGAUAGUUAAUGUGUGUGAAGUUGACGGGCAGGUCAACAAGUCUUGUAUUUGUGAGAAAAUAUCGUAGUAUAUGUUGCAGUGUAUAUUGUGUAGGUAUUAACAAGCUAUUUGACUAUAGCCUUACCAUGUAAACAUUUAUGAGUAGUGAUAAAACGCUGAUCAUGAGCGGUUAUUGCGCCUACUCACAAUCAUAUAAUUAUUUAAAAAGGUUGAUUUGACAA